AGGAGCAGACGGCGCAGACCAGCCCAGGUUGCGGCGCUCGUCGGAAAGGCUCCGGGGAAACUCCCAGGGCCCCGGGGACUUUGGAAAGGAGAGAGCGAGCUGUCCCCGCGCGCUCAAGUCUGCAAGUGAGCGCUCAGCUCACCUGUUUCUCCCGCGCCACCGCCUUCCCACCCCUCGGACCCGCGCCUCCCGAGGUGCCCGCCCGCUCCCGCGAUGAAUCCGGCGCUGGGCAACCAGACCGAUGUGGCCGGCCUGUUCCUAGCCAACAGCAGUGAGGCGCUGGAGCGCGCCGUGCGCUGCUGCACCCAGGCAUCCGUGGUGACCGACGACGGCUUCGCGGAGGGCGGCCCGGACGAGCGUAGCCUGUAUAUCAUGCGCGUGGUGCAGAUCGCCGUCAUGUGCGUGCUCUCGCUCACCGUGGUCUUCGGUAUCUUCUUCCUUGGCUGCAACCUCCUCAUCAAGUCCGAGGGCAUGAUCAACUUCCUAGUGAAGGACCGGAGACCGUCUAAGGAGGUGGAGGCGGUGGUCGUGGGGCCCUACUGACCGGCCCCCGGCCCCCGCGGCAGCCGCCCCACGCCUCCCCACUUCACCAGCCGGGCCGCGCCCCCUCACCAUCCGAGACUGGGCGAAGCAAACCUGUCGGAGUCAAUUAUUUCUCUCGACUUAUGCCUUUCGGGAUGAAGCGACCCCGUUGCUCGCUGGCUCUCUGAAAGUCCCCAGGCCUGGCUAUAGGAGAAGAGAGCCCUGACUCUGGACUCCAGCAGCAAGUGGCAAGAAGAAGGCGAUUGGGGCGCAGAACUUUGGAAGCUGCCGCUGGCGCGGGAUGCGGGGACACCGGCCGGUCCAAGGCCCCUUUCCACCCGCAGGUGGGCCAAGCUCUGGGGGCAGGUGGAGAGGGCGGGCAGGGAGAGACCAACGGCACCGCUUGCCUGGUGACCGGAAAAGUGACCCGCGUAUACUCCACUUAACCGAACUAACGGGGACACACAAAUCCGUGUCCGGCUUCGCGCCCAUUCCCUCCCGCUCCUCCCAGCCCUGGCAGGAGGGGCGAUAAAUACCUAUGAUUGAUUGUAACGUGCCGUUUUAAGGGAUUUUGUGUUUGUUUGCUUGAAUACAAAUAUUUGAUAAGUCUUUUUCCGCCCUAGUGGCCUGUUUGCCU